AUGCAGGUCUCUCUUCACAACACGGUGAAGACGUACAACCUCACGGCUGGCAAGUCGCUGCCUGAGUGGCUCAGUGAGCGUCGCAAGAACAAGCGGGCCUCGGCAGGGCAGGAGAACCGCGUGGAGCUACUGCACGACCUCGAGUUCCCGCACUGCGCGCGUUGCAUCUUCCGUUGUGCCAAUGGAACGCAUCUCUUCGCCGCCGGCGACUACCCGUACCGCCUCAAGUGUUUCGACGUGAACGACCUUAGCAUGAAGUUCAGUUUCAACGCGGACAUGAACAUUCUCUCUGGUGUGUGCCUCUCACCCGACUACCGCAAGUUUGCGCUGCGCGGGGAAGGGCGGCAGAUCACCAUUCACCACACCUCUGCGAUCAUAGACAGGGUUCGUGUGCCACAUCUCCAGCGCUCCCUCGCGUACAACCAGUUCCAGGCGGAUCUCUUGUCUGCUGGCGUCUCGCCGGAGGUCCACCGCAUCAACCUUGAAACCGGCUCGUUUGUGGAGAGCUACCAGACGAGCAGCGCAGACGGCGUGAAUCAUGUGGAGGUGUUCGGGCGGCACGGCCCGGUCAGUGGUGUAGUGCUGACGGCUGGAUGCGACGGCGCGAUCGAGGCCUGGGAUAGUCGUGUCGGCGCGGCUGUGGCUCGCGUGCAGGUGGCCGGAAGCGGCAGCAGCUCCGGCAUCGAUGAGCCGUGCGAGGUUCGGCACAUCGCCACAGAAGAGAGCGGUGGCCUCCUCUUCACAUGCGGUCUUGAGAGCGGCGAGGUACUGCUGUACGACGUCCGCCUGCAGAAGCCGCUGCUCGUGAAGGACCACAUGAACAGCCUGCCCAUUGUGAAGACAUACUUCUUCCAUGGCAAGAGCACCGCCACUGGCGAGGCCAGCUUCGUCCUCUCCGCCGACACCCGCUCGCUGAAGGUGUGGAACAAGCACGACGGCAGCAACUUCACGACAAUCGACGCCCCGGCGGACAUCACUGACUUCACCCUCUUCAAGAGUCAGCACAACAUGGUGGCGCCGUACGAGAGCGACGACAGCGGUGUGGUCGCUCUCUGCUGCGACGUGCCGCGGGUGCAGGUGCACUUUAUCCCUCAACUCGGCGCAGCCCCGCGCUGGGCCUCCUUUCUGGAGGUGAUGACGGAGGAGCUGGAAGAGAAGGAGACGACGACGGUGUACGACGACUUCACGUUCAUUUCCAAGGACGAGAUGAACGCGCUGGGCAUCGCCGCCGAGGACCUUGCGGGUGGCAAGGUGCGUCCUGUCAUGCACGGCGCCUUUAUCGAGAACGGGCUGUACCGUGAGCUGCGCGCCGUAGUGGACCCCACAGCCUUCAACAACUAUGUCGCCUCGAAGGCGAAGGAGCGGCAGUCCAAGCGGUGGGCGGACCGCAUCAGUCGCUUCCACCGAUCCAAGGAGAACGACGAGGACGCCGACGACGCGCAGGCUGGCGGUGAUGCCGCAGCGGCAGCGACGUGCAACUCGGCACUGGCGACGGCGAAGGCGGAUCCGCGAUUUACGCGUGCCUUUGACCGUACAGCUUGCGGCGCUGCCUCCUCCUUCGCUCUUGACCGGCGCAAUCCCGAGUAUGCAAAGCUGCUUCAGACGAUCGACGAGCGGCGAGCCAAAGCCUCCGCACGUCGGGAGCGCUACGAGGCGGAGAUGUUCUCCGUCGUCCCUGACGUUGGCGGGGAGGACGAUGCAGAAAGCUGUGAGGACGGCGGUGAUCGCGCUGCUCAGCGACAAAUCGGCAGGAGCAGCGCCACGGCGGCUGCUGCUGCAGAAAUGGACAAGGACGAGGACGCACGCCACCAUCUGCACGGAGUGCAGAGCAGUGGCCGAACGAAGCGCCGCGCUCCGCCGCAGCAGAAGGCAGCCGUAAGUGCGAAGAUGUCCGAGCGGGACUCUGCAAAGUCCGUCAAGGGCGCCGUCGGUUCAGCGGCGAAGCAGGUGACGAUGUUCGAGGUCUCAGGGCAGAACACCGACGUUUUCCUGCGCAACGACAAGCAAGUGCACGCCAUUCGUAAGAAGUCCCGCGCUGAGAAGCUGACCCUUGGCGAGCGUCUGAAGCUGGCUGCCUCAGUGAGGUAG